GAUAAUCUGGAAAGCUUCGUUCUGUAUCCUCUGCUAAGUUGCCGUUUGUUUCCUUCCUUCCAACAAGAUUUAGAUCCUCCAAUCAAUGUGCACUUCUACAAAAGAAAAAAACCCAAGUCUACGAACAUUGUUAUCCAAUUUCAAUAUGGACAUAAAAUUUUUAUUUUUCUUCACCAUUGCUUGUCUUUUGAUGCGCUGCUUUGCUCAAACGUCUGUGAAAGAGGUACACAUUCCUGGAGACUUUGUUUUAGGAGCGCUGUUUCCAAUACACGGCUCCAAAGACGGAACCUGUACGUCACGGAUCAAUGAACAAGAUCAUUGGCGGAUCCAGAGGGGGGGUUCCGGAGAUCAGUUACUUCGCAUCAACAGAUCAAUGUUACUACUUGCAUCUACACUUUCCAGGAAAGUGAGCGACAUAAUGCGCUCUAUGGAUUGGCAAUAUGCCAGCAUUCUCUAUGAAGACAGUAACUAUGGCAUUGAUGGGUACACAGAGAUCAAAGCUGCAGCGGAAAAUGCUGGGAUUUGUUUUGGAUUCGAAGAGAAAGUAAAGGAAUCAGCCGAAAAAGAUGAACUGCAGAGGAUUGCUGAUAAUCUAAUGAAAAGGCGAAACUCAGAGGGAAAGGUCGUUGCCAUUCUAUUCACACAAUAUAACCUGGCACACAGAAUCAUGGAAAUAGUUGAUCAAUCUUUCAACAGCAAUGACAUCGUUUGGAUCGGAUGUGACGCAUGGAUAGGUAAAGAGCCACCUAGCGGACAUAAAGAAAGUAUUGAAGGAGCUAUUGGUAUAAGUCCUGAGACCGGUCGCUAUCCUGGAUUUGAUAAGUACUUCAAAAAUAUUAGUUUAGGUAACAGCUCGAAUCCUUGGUUUGGCGAAUACUUGAGACAACGUUACAAUUGUUCUUUAAUUGACGGUGUGAAUGGUUGUUCUAAAAUCGAAAUCGAAGACUUUAGGGAACUUUUGACAGUCUACAAUGUCCGCAAUGCCGUAUAUGCUUUUGGCAGUGCUCUGGAGACCCUCCACUCUUUACUUUGUGGAGGAAAUGUAGGCGUUUGUGAGGACAUGAAAGCAAACCUUUCAGGAGAUUUGCUCCACAAAUAUUUGUCCAACGUUUCCAAUCCCUUCAACACGAGCUUCCACUUUGUAAAUGGAAGGGAUGGUCCAACCCGAUACAGUGUGUUACAAUACCAGAGACAGCAAAAUGACCUCGAAUGGAGGGAGAAUGGAACUUAUUCUGGAAAGGAAUUGAUUUGGAAAACUAUGAAUGGUUCUCAAUUUUCCUCCUCCGUGUGUUCGUUGCCUUGUAAGAAAGGUCAGUUUCGUAGUAGAGGCGAAGUUUGCUGCUGGAAGUGCAAAGACUGUGACUACACAGAGAUUGUAAAUGCCUCUGAUCCGUACAACUGUCAGACAUGUGACAUCCAUUCUGGCUGGACAUCUAAUCCUUCUCAGAACGUUUGUGUGGCCAUUCCUGUCGAUCAUCUGCAUUAUGACAGUCCUUUCAUUCUUGUGAUAUUUGUAUUAUCUACUCUUGGAGUCAUCAUUUGUUGUGUUGUAUCUAUUGUUUUUAUUCUCAAACGAACUACACCUAUAGUGAAAGCAACUGGUUUUGAGACAAGUAUAGUCCUUCUUGUAGGAAUCCUUUUCUCUUACCUUUCUCCAUUCAUUCUUGUAAUUGACACUACUGUAGCUUCGUGCGCCUUCUUCCGAGAGUUUCUAGGUCUUAGUUAUACAAUGGCUUACUCGUCAAUUUUCUCGAAGUUAAUGGUCUACAAUCGAGCUUUUGAUAUAAAAUCGUCUUUGAAAACCAAACCGAUUCAGGGGCAAACAGUAUUCAACAGAAAUAUCUGCACUAUAAAGACUGCCCUAGUAAUUUCACUCACACUCUCCGCAGUUCACUUCCUUGCUCUUGUUUUCUGGAGUAUCGGUGAUACUCCGUCUCCAGUAGUCAAAUACUCUGUAACACACGAAGAAGCCAUUGGAAAUUUUUCAUAUAACGAUCUGGACAAUUUUAGUUAUUUCGUAAGCCUUGGCUAUUCAUUUCUGUUAAUGAUUGCUUGUUUGGUGUUUGCAAUUAAAACAAGAAAACUUCCGGAUGGUAUGAACGAUUCACAUGAAAUAAUGUAUUGUUCUCUCACUUCUUUCAUACUCUGGAUUGCAUUCAUUCCUCUGUAUGCUUUGUCCGAAAGUAAGCUUAUCAAAGUCAUGUCUCUUUCUAUAUCUUUAAUAAUACACGGUACAACUUGCUUAAUUUGUCUUUUUAUUCCUAAAAUCUACAUCGUCAUUUUUCGCCCCGAGAAAAACAACAAGGAACGAGUUAUGAGGAGCACCCCAAGCCGAAGUCGAAAUUCAUACAGCGGAAGUUUUCUUGGAAGUCGUGCGUUUGACAAGAAGCAGUCGACUGCCUUGACUUUGGAGAUGAAAGAAUCCACAAACUGUAAAGUAAAGCCUUCUUCAACUUCUGCUGCAGAUGAUACCACGGAAGGCAGAGAGGAUUAUUUUGCAAUGAAAGGAAAUUUACCCUUUGAAAAAUUUAAUGUAUCCGAAGGACCAGGGAAUAAAGAAGAAUUAGAUAAUAUAAAAUCAGAUAAAAUGAUGACAAAGCAUAAAGUCAGUGAUAAUAUCACACCAAUUGACAAAACAUUACACGAAGGAAAAGAUGCGGAAAUUUCAAACCAAGACAAAUUUUCAAAAAGUAUAGGAUUCAAGAUAAGUAGUUUAAUGAAACACAUCAAAUUAAGCGGGUCACAAGAAGUGCCAGUCAGCACUGUGGAGAUAACUGAUGAAAAGAAGAACACAUCAGAGGCGACUCAUUGAAACAUUACCGAAUAUUCAUUUUAAAAAUAUUUAGAAAAUAUUUCUUUUCUUUUUUUCACGUCAUUUCCCGAUUAU